AUGAUUGCCACACAAUCAACGUUGGAGAUAGUCUUGAGCCUCCUCGAGGCAGCACAAAGUGCCUAUAGUUCACGAAUCAGUCGCAGAGAUGGGCAAUCUUCCGCACAAGCAAUGGAUGAGUUGCUAAAGCGAGGAUCAAAAGACAAAAACAUGGAUACGUCGGGGGAUGUCUUCGUGCUAGGCCGGGUUGCUCUUGAUGAGGAAGAUUGCGACGCAAUGGCACGCAGCCUCAUCAUGAGCGCAAUCUUGAGAAUGGCUACAGGUGUUCGUGAGCUGAGGGAGAGGAUUGCAACAUACAGGGAGGAUUCUUAUCUCCAGUCGCGAUCGGCCGGCCAGUGUUGCACUUUACCGAGACAGGCGAAGGAUGCGGACAACGAGCUCGAUAGCAAACUGAGCAUGAUGUUAGCUCGAAUCCGCGCAGUAGUGGCACGAGCGAGAAUGUGA